GCCUUUAAUGUGAGUUAAAGACCAAAAACUGCUUUUUCAUGCUUCCUUGUGUAUCAGCUUCAUGCGUCACAUUGCUUGUCAAAUACGUCACACAUAAACAGAGUUCAUAUCGAUUGCUGAAAAUGGCCCCAAAAAACAUGUUGGGGCUGUUUCUAAUGUUGCCACCAGACUACACAGUGACAUCAACAGAUAAGGGUAUUUUACCCCAUAGGCUGGGCUGAAUCUGUAACUCAAAUAAUUAUAAGCCAGCUUUUACACAACCUGGACCAUGCACCCGGUGCAAUGUACUCUUUAAUACUGCUGAUCAGAGGUCAGCCUCUGUCCGCGAAUCCCCUUUUACAUAAGGACUGAGAAAAGAGAGAGUGAGGAGAGUGCACAGCAAAACAGGUUUUGCAGACCACCACAAGUAAGUAGUGGUACUAAAUAAGAUAAGAUAGCCCCGAAGGAAUGUAGCUUAGGUAUGAUUAUUUCAGCAAUAUCCCUAAGCACUGUAUUACAAGUACAACUUGUUGUAUAGUGCUUGGGGAUACUGGUGCAGUACCACUGCAUUUACUGCAAAGAGCUGCAAAUCUCUACUGUGAAGCCGUGUUGAUUAGAUCAGGACAUUUCAGAUUUGUCUUGGUAGGUUUAAUGAAAGGAAAUCAUCCAUGUACACUGCAAAUGGCAGUCUUUAGUUAGCUGCAUGCUUCCAUUUUCUUGGGUUGUAACACAAUGUUUAUGAAUUAGUACAUAUUGGUACUUAAGUACUAAUAAGUACUUAAUUUGUAUGUAUUAGUAAUAUUUUAUUAAACUGAAUUCUAUAACUAUGAUAGGGUUGUAUUACCAAUAGGAAAAAGCACGUAACCCCGGGAGGCCCAAAAGCCGCUGGUUCACUGUGUUUGUCGCUUUCUUCUAAUUUGAUUACUUGCAAAUGUGUUUGUGAUUUUACACCAUUAAAAGUACAACAUCAACUGUGCCAUAUCUUGUGGCCCACCUUAUAAGAUAAGAUAAGAUAAGAUAUUCCUUUAUUAGUCCCACAAUGGGGAAAUUUGCAGUAUUACAGCAGCAUGUGGACAGUAAAAAUACAAGAGCAUCAAUAAGAUAUAGAUUAUACAAGUAUUGUAUUUAUCUAUUUAUUUAUUUAUUUGUAUUGUGCUCACAUGGUGCAUUUUACUAUAAAAGCUGUGUUUCAAACCAAUUAAACAGCAAAUCUGGUGGCUAUAGUAUUGCAGUGUAGGAGCAGUUUAUGGGUCUCUGAAUUAAAGAACUGAAUAAAUCUGACGUGUGUCUGUGCACUGUAUUGUAUGGGGACUCGGAGGCACCAGGGGCCCAGCAGCAGAUCCUGGACCCUCUGAUCCGCCGGGCCGUCAGAGGGCGCUGUGAUGUCACACCAUGACCGUUGCUGCUUCUGCUUCCGAGAGGCAAGAAGCCGCAACAUCAACAUCCACAGACAGAUUCAUUAAUAACACAAAAACUAUCUCGUUAAAAGCGUUUGUUCCAGGUGUCUGAGGAUGUCGGGGCAGAAGCGUCCUGCUGACCCCAGCGGUCCCUCGUCCUCCGGUGCGCCCCCAGAGAAGCGCAGGGAGCGUGAUGGAGAGGACGGAGGUCCUGGUGUCAGCGCCGCUGCCGGAGGGGCCACCGCGGUGGAGACGGUCAUCAAACUGGGAGGGGUGUCCAACACAGAGGAACAAGACAUCAAAGCUCUCCAGGCCAAGAACCGAAAGUUGGGAGAAGCUCUUGAUCAAAGACAGGUGAUUGAGGAUGAACUGCGAGAGCGAAUUGAAAGACUGGAGACCCGCCAGGCCACUGAUGAUGCCAGUCUGCUGAUCCUUAAUAGAUACUGGAACCAGCUUGAUGAAAACAUUCAGCUUAUCAUCAGGCGUUAUGACCAAUCACCCAGCGAACCAGAGAAAUCUCCAGCAGGUGAGGGGCGGAGCCUGAAGCCAGAAACUCCUGAACCCGAUGGCGACUCCAACCAGGAAAGGGCCAAAGAGAGAGGCCACCAGGGAGAGACGUCCAACUCUUUCCUCGCCACGCUGGCCAGCAGCAGCAGCGAGGAGAUGGAGGCCGAGCUCCAGGAGAGGGUGGAGUCCAGCCAGAAGCAGGCCAAUCGCGUGGUGGAGAUCUACGUGCGUCUAAGGAGCACUGUGGACCAACUGAAGACAGAGCUGGACUCUGAAGCUGAGGGCACUUUGUGGCAGGCAGCUUCCAAGCUAAACGCCCUCCUGACCAGUGAAAAUGAGCGGCUACAACAGCUGACUGAAGACCUCAAGCAGAAACACAGUCACAUGACCACUGAGUCCCGGUCUCUGGGGCGGGCAGCGAACAAGGCAGACCAGCGUGUCAGCGAGCUGCAGGUUCUGAUCGAAGAGCUUCAGUGGGACAUGGAGAAGAUCCGUCGACGAGAAAAUCGGCUCAAUGCACACCUGAGCGAGAUUCUGGAGAGGGUGAACAGCAAAGGCUAUAAGGUGUGUGGGGAGGCCAGCAGCGUAUGUGGGACCAUCACUAUUAACAAGAGAAAGUUUGAGGAAAUGAACAGCGAGUUGGAGGAGAACCAGGAGCUCGCAGACAACCGCCUCAUUGAGCUGCAGAAGCUCCAGCAGGACCUGCAGACUGUCCACCAGGAGAACAACAACAUGAAGACGGAGUUGUUGAGUCGAGCGGAGGGCAUGGUGAAGGAGACUUCCGAGUAUCGAUGUCUUCAGUCACAGUUUUCUGUGCUUUACAACGAGUCUCUGAUCCUCAAAGCUCAGUUAGAUGAGACACGCGCUCGCCUUAACACUACAAGGACGGCACGCCUUCGACAGCUGGAGCACAUGGAGAAUGAUGAAGUUGCUCUGCAGAGGAAAGUUCGCACAGAGGUGUUUCAGCUGGAGGACACACUGGCCCAGGUCAGGAAGGAGUAUGAGAUGUUGCGCAUCGAAUUUGAACAGACUCUCGCUGCCAACGAGCAGGCAGGCCCUAUUAACAGAGAGAUGCGCCAUCUGAUUAGCACGCUUCAAACUCACAACCAGCAGAUGAAGGGAGAAGUCGUGAAAUACAAAAUUAGACUGAGAGAGACACAAACGGAACUCAAUCAGAUCCGUUCUUCAAAGGGCAACGCCAUCCUCCAGUUCCAAUCUAGCACAGAGAUGGAUGUGAAAGAUGAGACAACCUCUCCUUCGACCCUAGCUGUUUCGGGGGAUCCUGUAGUCAAGACAGACCCUGACAACGGCUCCUCUACACCCAGCAGUACUGGCGCCUCAGUGAAAACCGAGUCUGGAGUAGAAUCUGACCCCACAGUAAAGGAGGAGGAGAAAGAAGAGAAAAAAGAGAAGGAGGAAAAGAAAGAAAAGGACAUUAUUAAGAAAGAGGAGAAAGACAGAGAGAGGGAGAAAGAAAAGGAGAGGGAGAGGCCAACCCGCAGUGGUGUGAUAAAGGAAGAGAAGGAGAAGCCAGGGAGCAGUACCCAACUAGAGGAGUCCGCCGGGGAGCGGCUGUCCAUGGUUGGAGGAUCCAAGAGGAAGGAAAUAGAACAGCUGAAGAUUGUUCGAGCAGAGCUCAAGAAAGCUCAGGAGUCCCAGAGGGAGAUGAAGCUGCUGUUGGACAUGUACCGCUCAGCACCCAAGGAGCAAAGGGACAAAGUCCAGCUCAUGGCUGCAGAGAAGAAAGCCAAGUCAGAGGGAGAUGAGCUGCGGCAGAGGCUGAGGGAGCUGGAGGAGAGAGAGAGGAGGGAAGGAAAGAAAAUGGCAGACGAAGAAGCUCUUAGGAAGAUCCGCUCUGUGGAGGAGCAGAUCGACAUCCUCAACAAGAAGCUGUCUAUUGCAAAACAGGAGGAGGACGCGCUGCUGAGCGAGAUGGACGUGACGGGCCAGGCCUUCGAAGACAUGCAGGAACAGAACAUCCGUCUGAUGCAGCAGCUCAGAGAAAAGGACGAUGCCAACUUCAAGCUGAUGAGCGAGCGUAUCAAGUCAAACCAGAUCCACAAGCUGCUAAAAGAGGAGAAGGAGGAGCUGGCUGACCAACUACUGACUUUAAAAACUCAGGUCGAUGCCCAGCUGCAGGUGGUGAGGAAGCUUGAGGAGAAGGAGCGCCUCCUGCAGGGCACCAUCAGUACUGCUGAGAGAGAGUUGGCACUGCGGACGCAGGCUUUGGACAUGAACAAACGCAAGGCUCAGGACUCGGCGUCGCUGUCAGAGGAGGUGCGAACUCAGUUGGAACAGGUUCAGCAGAGGCUCCGCCUGGUCAGAGAAGAGGUCGUAGAGAACAGCAUCUCGAGGGAGAAGGAGUCCUUUAAUGCCCGACGAGCACAGGAGGACAUCUCCAAACUUAGGAGAAAGAUUGAGAAGGCCAAGAAACCAGCUGAGAAAAUCAGCAACGGAGAUGAUAUCCUUAAUGAAGAAAUCAGCGAGUACAAGGCACGUCUAACAUGUCCGUGCUGCAACUCCCGCGUGAAGGAUGCAGUCCUGACAAAGUGCUUCCACGUCUUCUGCUUUGAGUGCGUGAAGACUCGCUACGACACACGCCAGAGGAAGUGCCCCAAGUGCAACGCUGCUUUCGGAGCCAACGACUUCCACCGCAUUUACAUCGGCUAGAGCUACGAUUAGUCACAAACAUGGGCUGGGAAGAAGAGGUGAACGACAUAAGCGGUGGUACAGACACUGCCAGGAGCCAGACUCGGAUUCGGCUCGCAUUCCCUCCUCAUGUGUGCUCGGGAUACUGUCAGUGUGAACGUCGCUUGGUGACUGCAGCCUCGAAACUGAUGAUGCUCUGAACUGAAUGCUUUAAUUCAUUUUUUCAACACUGACUGAUUUCAAAUUCUCCCAUUCAAUACCCAUUACUUCACUGUAUGUUUUCAGAUACUGGUACGUAGAGAAACGACGUUCUGUGAGUUUGCAUCACACACUAGAUUUUGUCGUGCGUGUGUGUGUAUUUGUAUUUGAAAACAGGCAAUUACACAAACCAGUAUACAAAGAAAAAGACCAGUACAGUCAGAGAACAGCAUUCCUCCCAAUGAAGUGGACAUUUUGUAUAAUCUUAGUGUGUAUGUACAGACUGUCAUUAUUGUUUCUUUUUUUUUCGAAAACUGCUUCUUCCUGCUCCAAACUGUCCUGAAAUCUCCACAAUCUCCUGAUUAUGUGUAAUUGCUGUUCUGCUAGUUAUUAAACUGACUUCAGAAGUGUC